GCUUAGUUCACUAGUACCAUCUAUUGACAAACAAUAGUCGAUCGAUCGAUGUUUUGAACUAUCGAUCCUGGUUUCUUUCUUUCAUAGUCGGUAUGGGCGAAGUUCCAUCUCUAGUCUCUCUUUGCAUCGACGCAAUCAAGAAAUAUGUUCUUCAUGGUAACUUCAAAUACGGCAUACUGCUUCUUCAAUAAAGGAUCUAACUUCUUAUUCCUCUAAAUUCUCGCUGCAGAAGACGACCUUAUUCCGAGUCUCUAUGAAAUUCCUUCUUAUUUGUUUGAUUGCCUGCUGGCCAAGUUACCUGCAGUUUCCCUUCAGAAAAUACAGGAGGAGCUUCCAUGUGAAGACAAGGAUGUGGACAGUGUUGAAUCUGUUGAUGUGGGCUUUAGAAAUAAGAGGAAACGCAAAAGGUGUAUGGACUUUGAUGUAUUGUGGAAGAAAUUGUAUGAAUCACGUUGGCCUAAUCAUCAUAGAAGGAAGACAAAAGUGGAUUGGUUGGGAAGAAGUAGGGAGGAGCAAAGUGAGAUGACCAUGGACUGGCAGCAGAUCUACUGGGAAAAACAUUUGCAGAAUUGCUUGGAUGAAGCGGCAGCAAUAGCUUUGAUCCCUUCUUUUGAUGGCUAUGUGGGUGAUAUACCUGUUUCAGAAUCCAUUUUGAAUGCAAUUGGUUAUGAAUGCCCACUUGGUGUCUCACAGUGCAACUUUUCUAAGCUGUCUUACCAUUGCCACAAAUUUGGUGCAUUUGCGAGAUACCUCAGUCUGCAAAAUGUUCUUUGCAGCGAAGAAAUUUGUAGUUUGUUAAACAACAGUAGACUGAAAGGUCUGGAGCUUUGGUGGAUAAAGUCUAAGGAACAUGUCAAUGGAUUAUGCAGACUUCUGAGACAGAACAACGAAACUCUAAAAUCCAUUGCACUUAGUCACUGCAAACUCUCUUCGAGUUUAGUAGAUGAAAUUUGUCUUUCUCUACUAAAAAAGGGUCUGCAAACGCAUGGAAUCAAGCAUUUUGCAAUUAAGUCAUCAAGGUUUAGUGAAUCAAACCAAACCUCGUCACCUCGGGGAAUAGCUACAUUUCUAGCUUCUGGAAGGUUGCUAUCUUCCUUAACUUUCAGUGAUGACCGACUUGGGCCUAAUGACGCAGGAAUGGUUCUCACCACGUUACUUGAUGAUUCUUCGAGAAUAGUAUCUCUUGACCUUUCAGAAAAUAAUAUAACUGGUUGGAUGACUCAUUUUAGAUGUAGUUCAACAGUCUUGUCCAAUCCGUCUCUGGAGAUAGAAAAAUCAUUAAGUUUACUUUCUUUACUGAAUCUAAGGGCAUGCAAUUUACAUGGUAAUGACAUUAAGAAUUUGCAGAAUGCUCUAUUCUAUAUGCCGAAAUUGGAGACUCUUGAUAUAAGUGACAAUCCUAUUGAGGACCAAGGAAUAAAGAAUUUAGUUCCGGUCCUGGUUGAGUUGUCAAAGAGACAUUCUGGUAUUGCCAAUUUGAAAGUUGAAAAUUGUGACCUUUCCUCAGAAGGAGUUGACGAACUUUUAACUGGCCUUUCAACCUUGAAGAGACCAUUACAAUCUCUCUCAAUUAGGGAAAAUGACUUAGGCAGACCAAUUGGGAGAUCUCUAGGCAAAUUCUUGGGCAUAGGUAUUCAAGUACUUGAUAUUGAAGAAAUUGGACUUGGCUCAAAUGGCUUUCUAGAAGCAGUGGAAGAAAUAAGAACAGAUUUGAAUCUUGUUUCUAUCAACAUAAGUAAAAAUCGUGGUGGCAUUGGGAUGGUGAUUUUCCUAAAAAAGCUCAUUUCACGAGCACCACAACUAGCUAUCGUCAAGGCUGGUUUCAACUUUAUGCCUGUGGAAUCCUUGUCAGAAAUAUGCUCCGCCAUGAAAAUUGCAAAAGGUAAACUUGAGCAUGUUGAUUUGACUGGAAACACUUGGUCUGAUAAAGCAUAUGAUAUUUCGUUUCUGGAUGAGUUUAGUAUCAAUGGAAAGUCUAUUUUCAUACUUCCAUUGUUGGGGGGCGCCACAUAUGAACCUUAUGAUGAUGAACCAUAACAUAGAUGAUGAUGUUUAAUCAUUUUGUGUAGAAUCAGUUUGUUAUACCUGAUUUAUUCUUUUUGUAUAUCAAUUAUAAUAGAAUAUAAACAGAAAAUUAUAAUGUAAUUUAUCUUGGAUGCAUCUUUUAAUCAUAUUACUCUAUUUAUUGUCUCAUUUUUG